UGUUGUAUUAACAAGGGGCAUGUUGUAUUAACAAGGGGCAUGUUGUAUUAACAAGGGGCAUGUUGUAUUAACAAGGGGCAUGUUGUAUUAACAAGGGGCAUGUUGUAUUAACAAGGGGCAUGUUGCAUUAAUAAGGCGCAUGUGUGCCAUUAUAUAGCAUUAUGUUGUAAUGUACGUAAUUGUACAUGUUGUACAUGUUGUUAGCUUUUACAUACACACACUUUCUUUUCCUUCACCUAGGAAAGGGAAAUCUGCCACCAAAAGAAAUGUUAAAGAUCAAAAAACAGCUCCAGAUAUGAGAUUCAUUUUGACUGGGUCUAUAUUCAGUAGGGAAUUGCUGUUUUGUGCCACAAUUCCCCGAAACAAAUUUUGCCGAAACAUGAUGUGAUCCUUUCCAUUUUCUACCUAAAGGUGGGUGUUUCAAACCCAUUUGCUGAGUUAACAAUAGCAGACUGCCUAGCUAGCCGGCCUGUGUGCGCGUGCUUGCCUGGUUUGUGGGCCUGUGACGGCCUGUUCCUAGUCUCCCGGACACAGGCGGAGGCGCUAUAUCUCUCUUAACGGGAGACCAGCAGUCUCAGCUGCUCCAGCGCUGCUCCCCACAAUGCCUUCAGGGACCCAAGGUGGAAGGUAAUCUGAGACAUGACUUGUUCCAAAAAAGCCAAAGCAAUUAUAGUGUCUCUGUAUGCUAUCUACUGAGAGGGUAUUUUGAUUGGUCCAAGGCUUGACUUAAUUGUUUUAGGUAGGACACGUAUAGUGUUGUAGUCUUUUAGUGUAUGCCCCACGAAUAUAGUUUACAAUUAAGGUGGCAUGUUUAUUUAAGCACAUCUGUCACGUUCCUGACCUGUUUCUGUUAGUUUUUGUAUGUGUUAGUUGGUCAGGACGUGAGUUUGGGUGGGCAGUCUAUGUUUUCUGUUUCUAUGUUUGUUUAAGGGUGACCUAAUAUGGCUCUCAAUUAGAGGCAGGUGGUUUUCAUUUCCUCUGAUUGAGAGUCAGAUUAAGGUAGGUGUUUUCACACUGUUUGUUGUGGGUGGUUGUCUCCUGUGUCUGUCGUUGCGCCACACGGGACUGUUUUCGGUUUGUUUAUAUGUUCGUUCUUUUAUGUAGUCAGUUUUCCCUGUUCAUGCGUUCUUCGUGUUUCAUGUGAGUUCGUCGUUCAGGUCUGUCUACAUCGUUUAUUUGUUUUGUAACUUCAAGUGUUCGUUCGUGUUUUCUGUUUUGUUUAAUUAAACAUCAUGUCAUAUUCAAACGCUGCGUUUUUGUCGAAUCCCUGCUCCUCCUCUGCGGAUGAAGAGGAGGAGGAAAGCCGUUACAACAUCAGCAGCCUGCUCUCUCUUCCUCGGUUAAUGCCUUUUAAUGUGUUCUGACUACCGUCCAUCCAUACUGCAUCCAAGCUGCUUCAGGAGCACACAUACAGUACAGUGUUCAUGUACCCAACCCCAGUUCAGAGAAAACACAGCCAGGUUAUUGCUCAUCAUAAAAGUCAGGACCAAAGACAUGUCCCAAAUGGUACUCCAUUCCCUAUUUACAGAUGGUCUAUCUUAAUUUGAUCACUCUGUUGUCGCAGAGAAAUUUCCUGCGCUGGUAGCGUAUCAACCCCUACAAAAAUGGCCAUUAAUUAUAAUCCCCAUAAUAAUUCACAUGUCCUGUUGCUGCUGGACUAUUUUCUUUAUGCAAGAAACUGGUCAAAUUAAGAUACCAGAUCUGGCCUCAAAAGUGCCGCAGUGGUCUAAGGCACUGCUUUGCAGUGCUAGCUGUGCCACUAGAGAUCCUGGUUUGAAUCCAGGCUCCGGGAUGUCUACUUCACAUCGCGCUCUAGCGACUCCUGUGGCGGGCCGGGCGCAUGCAUGCUGACACGAUCGCCAGGUGUACAGUGUUUUCUCCGACACAUUGGUGCGGUUGGCUUCCAGGUUAAGAGGGCAUUGUGUCAAGAAGCAGUGCGACUUGGCUGGGUCGUGUUUCAGAGGAUGCACAGCUCUCGACCUUCGCCUCUCCCAAGUCCGUAUGGGAGUUGCAGCGAUGGGACAAGACUGUAAAUACCAAUUGGAUUCCAUGAAAUUGGGGAGAAAAAGGGAGACAAAAACUAAAGAUAGGCCUCAUGGUCAAACAAAUAGAAUACAGCAUCAUUUAUGACCCUGAAUGAAGUGCCACACAGUAUUCUCUGUGCUGUACAGACUGUCCCAUUCAGACAUGUUCCAGACAGCACAGUGACUGACCCUCGCACCUUGUGCAAAUUGAAUGGGAUUUUAUAAAUGUAUUACACAUAUUCUUUUCUGUGGUCUUCUCUGACUCAACUCCCAGGAAAUUAGCCUGAACUAUCUCCAGUAUGAAUAUUGCAUGACCAGGAUGAGACCAUCGCCGCUUCCAGCAACAGAUUACCUCAGCUAGAUGACACACAUCAAGAAUACACUCACACUCAUGACACACAACACGCAGUAGUGCCAUCAAUCACACACGCACGCACGCACGCACGCACGCACGCACACACACACACACACACACACACACACACACAGCACACAGGCUCGGGUAGGAAACUGAUAGUGUAGUAGUCUUUUGUCUAUGCCCCAUCAAUGUAGUUUACAAUGUAAUACUUUCAGGUGCCAUGUUUAUUUAAGCAGAUCAGCAGCCUGCUCUCUCUUCCUCUGUUAAUGCCUUUUAAUGUGUUCUGACUACCGUCCAUCCAUACUGCAUCCAAGCUGCUCCAGGAGCACUGUAUUAGUGUUGCAAAAUGUCAAUAAUUUCCCUGGUCUUCCAGAAAUCCUGGUUGGAGGAUUCCGGAUUUCCUGUUUAUUCCCUCCUGACACACGACAUGCAGUAGUAACAUCAAACACACACACACACAGACACGCUUGGCUAGGAAACUGAUAGUGUAGUAGUCUUUUAGUUUUCCAGAGAUCCUGAUUGGAGGAUUCCUGGAUUUCCUGCUUAUUCCCUCCUCAUUCCUGGAAUCCCCCAAACUGAGGUUUUGGGAGAAGCAGGGAAUUUAUUGAAAGUUCCCGGAAUUUUGCGACUCGCGCUGUACCUAACCCCAGUUCAGAGAGAACCCAGCAAGGUUAUUGCUGAUCAUGAAAGUCAGGACCAAAGACAUAGGAUGUGUCCCAAAUGCCACUCUAUUCCUUAUAUACAGAUGUUCUAUCUCUAUUUGAUCACUCUGCGCUGCGGGAAAUUCAAAUCUGUAGUGUAUAAUACUUUUAAGAAGACUUCUAAAGUUUGUAAUUUCCACUUUAAAUUGUCGGACUUGAUUUGCUCAAAUGAAAAAUGUAUCAACCCCUACAGAAAAUCCCCAUGAAUUAUUAUCCACAGAAAUAUUCACAUGUCCUGUAGCUGUAGGAUUUUUUUCCUACUGUGAGAAACUGGUCAAAUUAAGAUAGCAGAUCUGUAGUGCACUACUUCUGACCAGAGGACAAAGCCAUGGCCUCAUGGUCAAACAAAUAGAAUACAGCAUCAUUUAUGACCCUGAAUGAAGUGCCACACAGUAUUCUCUGUGCUGUACAGACUGUCCCAUUCAGACAUGUUCCAGACAGCCCAGUGACUGACCCUCGCACCUUGUGCAAAUUGAAUGGGAUUUUAUAAAUGUAUUACACAUAUUCUUUUCUGUGGUCUUCUCUGACUCAACUCCCAGGAAAUUAGCCUGAACUAUCUCCAGUAUGAAUAUUGCAUGACCAGGAUGAGACCAUCGCCGCUUCCAGCAACAGAUUACCUCAGCUAGAUGACACACAUCAAGAAUACACUCACACUCAUGACACACAACACGCAGUAGUGCCAUCAAACACAUGCACACACACACAGUACCAGCAUACAGUAUGUCCCCAUCCCGCUGCACUGCAGAAUUCAAAGAAAAUGUGGAAAAACAACUUAUCAGAGGAAUUACCUCCAACCUCAACCAAUCACACAGAGAGAUGAGCUCACUCUGCUCCAGCCCGGCCAAUCAGCUCUGGUGGUCAAGCGCACUGUUUUCUCGAUCCUCUCCCUGAUAGGCUGGGUGUGUGUGGGUGAGGGCAGCAGCCCGUGUUGUUAACAUAGGAGUGUGUGAGGGGCAGAGGCAGCCUUAUUUAGAAGUUGUUGACAGAAGAGCUUCUCUCUCCAGGACCACUGGCAGCAUCCAGGCAUCCUCCUCUCACGUCAGCUAUUAUUCACACAUCCCAGUAGUGUCUUUAGUGUGUGUGUAUGGGUUUUUACUGUGAGUGUGUUUGACCAUGUGUGCGGGAGGAUGCUCUCACCAGAACCACAGGCAGCCAAACGCUGUCCCCAGCUUCCCCAGAGCGCAGCGCUCCAGUCAAGAUCCUGGACUAUGGCUUUCCCCAUGCAGAGGAACGACGCAGAGGAAGAGGCAAAUAUGACUGACCCUGUUCAGUGAAUGGACCUGCAACACACCUCAACGCCCCUCUUAUUCUGGGACUCUGUUCUCGCUGUAUUGAGCUGCUUUUGCUGGAGGUGUUGUUUUUGUUCUUCUCCCUCUUUUUUGGCGGUUCUGUCAUUCUGCACUGUGCCUGGCUCUAGUCUGCCUGCUCUGUUUAUAUUUGGACCACAUAUCGAGUUUUUCUUCAAAAUGCCUGAGGUCAACUACCUGCACUCUGUGUCCUGGGGAUUUCUAAAGUUCAAGAGAAUGUUGAACAGGGAGCUCAGCCACCUGUCUGAGAUGAGCCGCUCUGGGAACCAGGUGUCGGAGUUCAUCUCGAGCACCUUCCUGGACAAGCAACACGAGGUGGAGAUGCCAACUCCGCAGACGCAGAAGGAGAAGGAAGACAAGAAGAACAGGCCCAUGUGUCAGAUCAGUGGGGUGAAGAAACUGCAGCACAGCUCCAGCCUCACCAACUCUAACAUACCCCGCUUCGGAGUCAAGAGCGAGACUGAGGACGAACUGGCUAAGGAGCUGGAGGAUGUAAAUAAAUGGGGCCUUAACGUUUUCAAAGUCACUGAGUUCUCUGGGAACAGGCCCCUGACCGUCAUGAUGCACACUAUAUUCCAGGAGAGAGACUUGUUAAAAACGUUCAAAAUUCCACUCGACACCUUUAUAACCUACCUGAUGACCUUAGAAGACCAUUACCAUGGCGACGUGGCCUACCACAACAACAUCCAUGCUGCUGAUGUCACCCAGUCCACUCACGUGCUGCUAUCCACCCCCGCUCUAGAGGCUGUGUUCACCGAUCUGGAGAUCCUAGCUGCCAUAUUCGCCAGUGCUAUUCAUGACGUUGACCACCCUGGAGUCUCCAACCAGUUCCUCAUCAACACUAACUCAGAGCUGGCCCUCAUGUACAACGACUCGUCAGUCCUGGAGAACCACCACCUGGCUGUGGGCUUUAAGCUGCUUCAGGAAGAAAACUGUGACAUCUUCCAGAACCUGACCAAAAAACAACGACAAUCACUGCGCAAGAUGGUCAUCGACAUUGUCCUAGCGACUGACAUGUCCAAACACAUGAACCUGCUGGCUGACCUAAAGACCAUGGUGGAGACCAAGAAGGUGACCAGCUCUGGAGUUCUACUCCUGGAUAACUACUCUGACAGGAUACAGGUACUGCAGAACAUGGUGCACUGUGCGGACCUGAGUAACCCCACUAAGCCCCUGCAGCUGUACCGCCAGUGGACCGAUCGCAUCAUGGAAGAGUUCUUCACCCAGGGGGACAGAGAGAGGGAGAGAGGCAUGGAGAUCAGCCCUAUGUGUGACAAACACAACGCCUCUGUUGAGAAAAGCCAGGUAGGCUUCAUAGACUACAUUGUCCACCCUCUAUGGGAGACGUGGGCAGACCUGGUGCACCCUGACGCCCAGGACAUCCUGGACACUCUGGAGGACAACAGGGAGUGGUACCAGAGCACCAUACCCCAGAGCCCCUCACCUACCCUGGACGAGCCUGAGGAUAUCAGCCGCCCCCUUGGAGGGGACAAGUUCCAGUUUGAACUCACCCUGGAGGAGGACGGGGAGUCGGACACGGAGAAGGACAGUGGCAGCCAACCCGAGGAGGAGGAUGAAGAAGAGGAGAAUAGUUGUAGUGACUCAAAAACACUCUGUACGCAGGACUCUGAGUCGACAGAGAUACCACUGGACGAACAGGUGGGGGAGGAUGAGGAAGAGGAGGUGGAAGUGGAAGGAGAAUCCUCUUCAUCGCAACCAUCUGUAGUGGAAGAGGAAGAGGAGGGGGAGGAUGAUGAGAAGAAGGGAGAGGAGAAACCAGCCGAUACAUAGCAGUGUAUGGACGGCAACUAAACUGUUCUUCUUAGUAACCAGAGAUUAUUAUUUAUAGAGUAUUUUGGGGUUUUGUGGAGUGUCUGUCUGUUUUUUAUAUAUAUAUAUCUAUGUUUAUGGUUCCAAAGCGCACGCUGCUCUUCACCCCUUGGUCACUCCUCUCUCCUCAUCCUAUUGGUCAGCUUCUUAGAAUCGCCCACUGGUACUUCUACAAGUUUUUUGCACUCAGGAAAACUCUUUUCCAUUCACAUUUGUACUGAAGUUGUCUGUGUGUUAUUUAACUUUAAAACCCAGUCCUACUGUGUUGAAGUUACAUUAAGGAUUUUGAUCAGCCGUUUAGAGUGUGUUUAAUGCUGUUUAUAUACAGUGUAUCUCCUCCUUUCAGCCUUGCCUGACUGAUGGCAGUGUUUCUGUGUGUUAUUAAGUGCCGUUCUGCAGAAGUUGCUAUUGUAUAUUUUUUUCUUAGUUCUUUGUACUCCUCAGCAAAGCCAGUGAAGCAAUGUGCUAAGUUGCUGUGUGGUCUGGAUGAAUGAAAGCCCAACAGGACACGUCACCAUGCAGAGAGGAGCUGCAGCACAUGGAGAGAAGUGCAUUGUGGGAAUUUAUCAAGACACUUUUCUGAAGUUGAAGUCUUCCUUGAAAACCUGACUGAAAAAAAGGCUAAGAUCUUACAGCACUAAUGCUAGGUUUGACCUCUAGAGUUUUUCUAUCAUAACGUACGUAUCUUUUUUAGGUUUUACUUUUGCUAUCCUAGGUUUUACUUUUGUUAACAAAAAGAAAAAGAGAAGUGACUUGAAAGUCAAGUGAAAUCUGUUGAUGAGAAUACCUCGUCUGCCACUGCUUUUCUGUGUGUAAAAGGGUCAUUUUCUUGUUAUUGUAUUUGGGUUAGUAUUGGGGAAUAUUUGCACUCCUUUAAAUAUAUCCAACCUGGCCUCAGGGCAAUUCGUAGCAUCUGGGACAGACAUUUGCACCUUCCAUUUAGUAUCAUAUGUUACAUUACAAAUGUAAUAGCGGUUGUACAAUAUUAUACGAAUUGGAGGAUGUGUAGUAUCAUAAGUCUUACCUGGUCGAACAAUAUCAUCCAAAUUGUAUUAAGUAAGUUAUCGUAUGUCUUGGAGGAUGUAUAUGUCUUUGUCUGAGACCAGGCUGCUUUUUGCGUUGCAGGAGAAUUUACAUUGCUGGUUAGGAGAAUUGACAACAAAGCAGUGGUUAACUUGAGCAGGAGCUCACCAGAGCUGAGUACCGGCACCCAAAAAGCUUCUACUGCUUGAGCUCCUGUUCAUUUCAUAGAAUAUUAGCUCAAAUAUAUUGUGGAGCUCCUGCACUGAAAUAUAAACCAUACUGGCACCCAAAAUGAGUACCAGAACCUAUUUCAGUCUAAGUCAAGCACUGCGACAAGAAUGUACGUAAAACGUUAGAAGAUCCAGGCUGUAUCACAUCCGGACGUAAUUGGGAGUCCCAUAGGGCGGCGCACAAUUGGCCCAGCGUCGUCUGGGUUUUCCCAGAGUAGGCCUUCAUUGUAAAUAAGAAUUUGUUCUUAACUGACUUGCCUCGUUAAAUAAAGGUUAAAAAAAAAUCCAAUAAAAGAUAAGAAUUAGGUUAAGAUUAGGUAAAGGGUUUGGGAAGUGUUAGCUAAAAUGCUACACAUUACUAGAUCGUUGCGGUUUACGCCCACCGAUCCUUCCCGAGCAACCACCCUAAUUUCGUUUCUGUCUUAAGUAACCAGACCAUUAUUCCAUUUGUAACAUAACUGAACUUAUCAUUUAAUGUAAAACAGCAAACUUCUAAGUUAUGAGUCCAGUCUAAUAUAUCGCCCAAUUCCAAAUCAACCCCCAGCUCAUACCCUCUGUCUACACACUUGAUCUGAGAGGACUGGAUAUAUAUUAGUUUCUAAUCCUCUCAUAUCUACAGGAGUGCCUGGGGGGUAGGUGCUCGGGCUUGAUUUGUCGAUUGCAUGUUUAUCAAAAGUAAUUUACACUAUUACUCCCAUACCACUGUCCCCGUGUUUGGUUGUAAUAACCAUGUAACAAUUAUUUAAAAGAAAGUUUUCGCUGAAAGAAAUGACACACGUUGACAUAUAGGCCUACUUUACUUUACGUUCAAUGUAACCAUUUUGUCUGACUGACCAGAAGGAAGCCUUUAAGUUCUACUUAUUGUUGCCUGCAGUAAAUGUGAGCAAAUGUCAUCCGACAAUGCAAUGCUUGUAUUGGAAAUAAGAAGCACCUUUGGUUAAAGGGUUGUGGAAGGCUGAGGGGGGUUUGUUAGCUUUUUACAUUUAUUUAGUGUGUUGCAACACUUUUUGUGCUACGCACACAGUAACCUAUUUCCCAUUUUCUGUCAAUCUUGUCUUCGUUUUCUGAUUGUGGUGUAGGGAUGUGGUCGAUUCUGUUUCUCAUUCGGGAAGCAAUUUGUUCAAAAAUAGUGGUAAAAAUAUAUGUAGAGCUUUAGCGUUAAAAUCCCUCAGAUAAAGUAACAGCUUUGUGAUGUGUCUGAAAUAUGAAAAGUGACAGUCAUUAUUACAAUUUGUCAGGGCUAAUAAGAAACAAAUCAAAUUCCAAUUCAAUAAUUGAAAGAUCCUCAUUUAAAAUAAAUGGCUCUUUUCAUCUCUUGAAUGGGAAACUAAAAUGAAUGUCCUGAAUUUACUUGGAAUGGAAUUGACCGCAGCCAUUACUGCAGGUCAGUAAUAUUUACCAAUGCACUACAUGGUUGAUGUUUUCACACGUUAAGAAAAUGUCUGCCAUUGUCAUCACGCUAACCUUUGAUUUGUUUGUUUUGACCAAGAACACAAGACAAUCAGCUCCAUGGUGUAGUAGUGGUCUCAUAAGAAGAAUAGUCGGCUAUAGUUAAUGCACUGAUGUUUUCAUAUCUCUCUACUUUACUGUUUUAUUUCAACUCGCCAAAACUCACGUGCACAUUUAGGCUUGAACAAUGCCCUAUACACUUAAUCCAAGAGACUCUUUCUUUUCCACAUUUUCUAUUGUUGUUGUUGUUACAAUUGAUGUUAUUAUUUAUUGCUAUGUUUUUCUAUUUGUUGUGUCUUUCUUGCCGUAUUAGGGCGGGACAGUAAAGCUUUCACUGUAGCAUAGACCGCAGUACAGGCUUGCCAGUUACUAUACCCAAAUAUGCUGUUUUUCUAACUAUGUACAUACAGUAUAAAAAAAAUGUUGAAAUGUAAAAAAUGACUUGCAGUAAUGAACAUGUCUUUUUAAAGAGUGCUUAUUUUAAAAGAAAUGUGUCGUUUCUAAUGUUUUAUUUAAUUCUUAUUUCCUUGUGCCAAGUUUUUUCCCCCAUCCUCACCGGAUGACCUUCCCAUAAUACAGUUUUUCUGGUUGUAUCUCUGUUUACAAACAUAUAUUUAUUGUGCUGUAAAUACUAUCAUUAUUAUUCUUAUUCUCAUCAUGAUGCUGUUUGUUGUAAGUUCAUUGACUCAUCGUCCCUUAUGGUGAUGGUGUGGCUGUAUUAUGUACCUCUUGUUGAGAGAAUGUUUAUUACACACAAUUAUCCAUUGAUAUUGGUUAUCUGAGAAGCUUGCUUAGAGUGGAGGAGGAGAGGGGAAAGCCAAAUAGUUUUUUAGAGGAAGCUAUUCCUUGGCCCAUGGGCUGUGCCUUAAAUUCAACAUGCCAUUUUUAUGUCUCUCGUUUCUUUUUUAUUCUCCUCGUUUGCUGCAUUAGAGAAUCUUGUGGUUUGAACUGACCUCACCCAGACAAUGGCCUCCAGUUGUGAAAGGAACUCAUUAAAUAAUGUUGCCUUUUUACUAUACAGCCAAAUCAGAAAUAUUAUGUGAACAUGGGGAAAAAAGGCAGUACGUGCUAUACAUUCUGUUGUCAAGGUUGAAAACGGAGGUCAUGGCUGUGGAGUUCCUGGUCGACUCAGGCCUAAGAUCCACUAGAUGAGUGGGGGCUUGGCCAAGCUGGAUCCGUGGGUUGGUUGGUCCUAUGGGGUUAUUAAGCACCAAGAUUUAGAGACACAUCCACGUGUUCAGUCACUGCUGCAUUUAUUUAGGCUGAAACACUCACGAUGUGUUGCUCAUCCAUGCUUGGCAAGCACAUCUAAUCAUACAACAUGCAAUAUCUAAAACCACUAGCUUCUUUCUGCCUGGAGAGGAGAAGGCUAGUAUUUAUAUAGUGGGGGGGUCAUCCUAAAUACACGUCCUUCGAUGGGGACUCUUAUUUUGACACACAUACUGUAGAUUAUAAACAGCCAUGGACCAAUGGAAUCAGUGGUUUCUUUUGUCAUUUUGUGUUAUAUUUUUAUGGUAUGAAAGGAAUACACAAACUGUACGUAACUUCAAAAAGGUCUUCAGGACAAUUAUUUUUGGGUUAUGUCUUUAGAAUGCGAACUUGUCUUGAAGUUUCACGAGACAAUAUAAAGUUAUUUUAAUGGAUUCCUUGUAAAUUGCAGUCUAUUGAAUAGCACUGUAGAUCAUAAACUUUCUGUAAAAAAAAAAGAAAAAUGAAGAAAAAAUGUUUUUUUAUAUGCAACAGAUUAAAUAAAAGCAUGGGUUGAUUCUGCCUA